AUGGCGACAAACGAGGACCAAAACAAGGCCCCGGUAGACCAAGUCGAACACGCACCCGCCCACCAAGAAACGGCAACCCACCGCCGCGAUGCCGCCGCAGAGCUACUGGGCAAAUCAGGCGCCUCGCCAGAGGACCGCGUCGUGGUCACGCCCGCAGACAACGCCCGCGUCCUGCGCAAGAUCGACCUCGUCAUCCUUCCCCUGAUGCUCUUCGUCUACUUCCUCCAGGGCAUCGACAAGUCCACCCUCGCCUACGCCUCCGUCUUUGGCCUCAUCGAGGAUACCGGGCUCGUCGGGGACCAAUACUCGUGGCUCGGGUCCGUCGUCUACCUCGCUCAACUGGUGAUGCAAUUCCCGCUCGCAUGGCUGCUGGUCAAGUUGCCCGUUGGCAAAUUCACCAGCUGCAUGGUCGCCUUUUGGGGCAUCACUCUUUCUUGCAUGGCGGCGGCGCAUAACUUUGGUGGGCUUUUGGCUGCAAGACUCUUUCUUGGGGCGUUCGAGUCUAGUGUUGCACCGGCGUUUGUGGGUAUUACGCAAAUGUGGUGGCGGCGACGUGAGCAGACGCUGAGAAUUAGCUACUGGUAUGCCAUGAACGGCUUCACCAACAUGUUUGGUAGUCUCAUUACCUACGGCCUUGGACACAUCUCUUCUCCCCUCAAGGAAUACCAGAUCAUUUUCAUCUUUUUCGGUAUCAUCACUGUGGUCUUUUCCGUUAUCAUGUUUCUCUACAUGCCCGAUUCUCCCGUCGAGGCCAAGUUCCUCAACGAUCAUGAUAAGCUUAUUGCCAUUGAGCGUCUCCGGAUGAACCAACAGGGUGUCAUGUCCCGUGAGUGGCGAUGGGAUCAUUUCAAGGAGAGCAUGUUGGAUAUCAAGACGUGGUGCUGGUUCUCACUCGUCUUUUCCAUCUCAAUCCCGUCUGGUGGAAUCUCCACAUUCGGACCUCUUAUCAUCAAGUCCUUUGGCUUUGACUCCUUCCAGACCAUCCUCUUCAACAUUCCCUUUGGCUUCGUCCAGCUCGUCGCCACAGUCGGAGGCUCGUUAAUAGCUACCAAGAUCCAUAAGAAGGGCCCAGUAAUUGCCGGGCUUUGCGCCCCGCCCAUUGCUGGCUGCGUCAUGUUAAUGGUCCUUCCCACCAGCGGUCAGCAAGCCGCUCGACUAGUGGGAUACUAUCUCAUCUCUGUCUACCCGGGAAUCACACCCCUCAUCUACUCCUGGUCAGCCGCAAACACAGCCGGCGACACCAAGCGAAAGUGCACAUCUGCCGUCCUCUUCAUUGGCCAAUCAGUUGGCAACGUCGUUGGGCCGUUGCUCUACAAGCCCGCUGAAGCACCCAGAUACACCCGCGGCCUGACGUCUAAUCUCGUUCUCUACUGUGUCAUUGUCGUGCUUGUCGUCCUCGUCAGUCUCUAUCUCGCCUUCCUCAACCGCUCGCACAGCAAGCGCCGUGUGGCCAUGGGAAAGAGCGCCGUCAUCAUCGACACCAGUUUGUUCUCCGCGGCCGAGGCUGAGAAGGCCAAGCAAGAGCAGGCUGCGCAGAUAGCUGGGGAUAAUGGGCACGAGAUGGCUGCCGCCGGGGAGGAGCAGGCUGAGGAGAAUGUUGGUGCGAGAGCGUUCGACAAUUUGACGGAUUUGGAGAAUGAAGAGUUUACUUGCAUACGUGAAAAGUGGAAGUGUCACUCCGAAUUCAUCUUUUGGGGCUUGCUUUUCUUAUACAGCGAAGGACUUUUGGUAAUUGUGGCUCUCAUCUACGACGCGACGCCGCUCGUGGAGAUGGGCGUCGACAGCCUGGUCGCCGUCGAGAUGCGCUCGUGGUUCCUCAAGGAGCUGGGCGUAGACGUGCCGGUCAUAACGAUCCCGGGCGGUGCGUCUAUUGCGGACCUUGUGCGUCUCGUGGUCGAUAAGCUGCCGGCGGAGCUGCUGGAGCGUGUCGGUGGUCGUCCUGCCCCGGCAUCCUCGGGCGUAACGACGGAUGAGCUGGCCAAAGAGUCCACAGAGACGUCGUCCAGCAACGAGAGUGCGAGCGGGAGUGUUGAUGGGUUGGAUGCAGGUGGUAAAGCUGACACGGAUGUCUCGUCGGUGGCAAGUGUCAACGAGAAGGAUGAGAAGAAACCUGCUAGGAUAAAGAAAUAG